GGAAACUUGCUUUAGCGCUUGUUCCUUGGCUUCAGCUCCCCCGUCCCCGUAAACGUGAUCCCGGCUCAGAGGGACCCAGGGCGGCAUCACCCCGGCAUCCUGCAGCUCAGAGCUCCUGCGCUCCCGGGGGAUCUGUCAGAGCCAGGGCUGCAGAUUCCUAGCCCACCAGCCGCCCGCUCGCUCGCUCACUCGCACACGCACCCUGGCCCGGAGCUGCCGCUCGUGCACAGCGGGGAAAAUACAAGUUUUCUCUCCCCUUGACUUAGCUAAUCGCGGAGAGAGCCCUGCGCGCUGCGAGCGCCUUUUGUGGCAAAGUGUUUUCUGGUGGGAAGAUGGUGGCUUGAGACUUGGAUGCUUUCAUGAACGCCCUGAAGGGGUUGUAGGUAAAGGGACUCCAGACCCUCAGGUAUAUUUUGCAUUGUGAGUUUCCUUUUAAAAACAACACCCAGCCGACAAACAAAAGAGCCAAGAACGGCACACAUCCCCAGCGAAGGAACCUGCUUUCUUAGCGCUUGCCCUCCCUGCCUUGCCAAGUUGGGGGCUGUCAAAGUGCAAAGUUUGAUUGACCCCCCCCCCCCCGCCGCCCGACUGCGGAAGGAAUGAAGCUGAAAUGAAAAGGGGCAGCCCAUGGGACUGGCUAGAGGACUGACUUUCCCGGAUUGCCAUUCAAAGGGAUCUGUUAUGAUGGGGCAAACAGCGCGCUGUUAAGUACCCGCGCUGCAAGUGAAGGUUUGAAAGAUCAGAAAUCUGUACAAUACAGACGGAACCAGUUUUCAAAAUGGAAUUCCAGCUUGCGCUCUUUUUUGUAGGGAUAAUUGCAUUUUCUGAUUCAGCCCGAGGCCCACCCAGAAUUGCUGAUAAAGUGAUCCACCGGCAGACCGUGAGGUUAGGAAGAACCAUCAAGCUCCUGUGUCCGGUAGAAGGUGACCCACCACCUCUGACUAUGUGGAUGAAAGAUGGACGGACUAUCCACAGUGGCUGGACAAGGUUCCGGAUCCUGCAGCAAGGACUAAAAAUCAAGGAGGUGGAAAGUGAAGACGCGGGAACAUACAUCUGCAAGGCUACCAACGGCUUUGGCAGUACGAGUGUGAACUAUACCCUUAUUGUGAUUGAUGAUGCCAGCUCAGGAAAGGACAGCCCAGCGUCUGAAGGCUCCAAUGGUGAAUACGAAGAUCAUUCUGGGAAGCAGUGGGCCCGGCCCAGAUUCACGCAACCUGCCAAGAUGAGACGGAGGGUGAUUGCACGGCCUGUAGGAAGCUCAGUCCGCCUGAAGUGUGUUGCCAGUGGAAACCCUAGGCCUGACAUCACCUGGCUGAAGGACAAUAAGCCCCUCACACCUCAGGAGAUUGGGGAGAACAAGAAGAAGAAGUGGACAUUGAAUUUGAAGAGCUUAAAGCCUGAGGACAGUGGGAAAUACACGUGCCGAGUGUUUAACAAAGUUGGAGAAAUCAAUGCAACAUAUAAAGUUGAAGUAAUCCAGAGGACUCGGUCCAAACCCAUUCUCACAGGAACGCACCCUGUGAACACGACCGUGGACUAUGGUGGGACCACAUCGUUCCAGUGCAAGGUCCGUAGCGACGUCAAGCCCGUCAUCCAGUGGCUGAAAAGGGUGGAGUACGGCACAGAGAACAAGUACAACUCCACCAUUGACGUCGGGGGGCAGAAGUUUGUCGUGCUCCCCACCGGGGAGGUCUGGUCCCGUCCGGACGGCUCCUACUUAAACAAACUGAUGAUAACACGAGCCAAAGAGGAGGACGCUGGGAUGUACAUCUGCCUAGGGGCAAACACAAUGGGAUACAGCUUCCGCAGUGCUUUCCUCACAGUGUUGCCCGAUCCCAAGCCACCCAGCGCCCCUGUGGCCCCGUCCUCCGCUAGCAGCCUGCCGUGGCCGGUGAUCAUCGGGAUCCCCGCUGGAGCAGUCUUCAUCUUCGGGACGAUCCUCCUGUGGCUCUGCCAGGCCAAAAAGAAGCCCUGCUCUCCCCCAACUGCUGCUCCCAUGCACAGACCGCAGGCCAGAGACAGGAUCUGUGUCUCCCAGGGUCCUGACAAGGACUGCAUCUCCUCCAUAAACUAUGAGGAAUACGUAGCCCACCAGCAGCAUUUGCUAUCCCAAGGGCCUGCGUUGGCCCCAGCCAUGGCAUCAAAAAUGUACCCAAAGAUUUACACAGACAUCCACACUCACACGCACUCACAUGUGGAAGGCAAAGUUCACCAGCAUCAGCACAUUCAUUAUCAGUGUUAAAGGGCAGCCACAGACCGUAGCUUAUUGGUGCUUUUUUUCUCAUGGUACCUCAGAACAGACUGCUUCGAGUCAGCUAACACUGCCGGCAAAAGGCAAAGUGGACGGAGGAGGGAGAGAGAGAGAGAAAGAGAUUUUUUUUUUGUUAUUAUUAUUACCAUUAGGAUGUAGAUGAGGAAUAAUGAAGGAAUUCCCGAUCUCAGCACAAAGGCGGCCAUCUAAAACAAUGGAAACUUCUUGUAUGUCUAAAUCAAGAUGGCAACAGAUAAGGCAGGAAGCUGUGACAUGAAACACCACCGACCCUGUUGCAUUGCGAAGCAGAGGAAGAAGAAGAGGAGAACACGAUGGUAUUGCAGUUGAUAUUGCAGUUCCUGCCUCUAGCACAUGCCAUCUGUUUUGGUGCAAGGCCCAUCAGACGUCUUACCCUUGGCAAUGUACAGAAGAGCCCUUUAUCUCAGAGUGGCUGAAGCUAGGAAGUACCUGAGGUAUGGUGCCAAAGCACCAGGAGACUGUAAUCAAUUGAAACAUUCAAUUGCCCAAUUUCAAACGAAAACAUAAGCAGAAGAGUUUCUGGAAAACACAUUUCUAUUUAUGAAGUGAAACUCCACAUGCAUCUCGCCAGCAGUAACUUUGCCUGACAUUUGGUGAUAACUUAGCUGGCUGUUUCCAUUUCUGCAAAUCAAGGGUAUUGUGUUUUCCCCAAGGGGGCACUGCUUGAAAUCUUUAAAAAUGUUCAACUCACCCCAAUGCUAUGACUCAGUGCCACUGCCAGGAAGAAGGAAGGACAUUGUACAAUGCUACUUUAUAUUUAUAUUUAAGAAAUAAUAAUUAAUAAUAACUGAACUGCUGAAGGUCAAGAAAAGAAAACAUGCUGCCCUUUUCUGAUGCCGCUAGCUGUGAUUCUCAAUCAGAUCUUCAUGGCUUACAGUGACAAGCUACUGGAUUAACUGUGUCAGUGAAAAAUAAAUGAACAAGUAAAAAUAAAGAGAGAGAAAAGAGAGAAAAUAAUUGUUUAUGGAAGAAUGAAUUUGCUAAAUAUGCACCUAGGGUUGUGUGUGGUUUUUCUUUCCAGAUAAUGUUUUGCAGUUGAUUCAAACAAUCUCAUUUCAGUUUCAUUUAAAACAACAA